CGGUCAUCGUCACGGUGCGGGAAAGUUGGGUGUGCGAAAAUAUACGUUAUGGCUCAUGGCGUAAACGAAGUGCUCGGUGAAGGAAGCACGGUGAAAAUGGUGCAUCAAAAACAGCAACAACAGCAACAACAGAAUCCGAGGAAAUCGGUCGGUGUGAUGGGAAGUAGACGGAUAUUCGCGCCGGCCUUCAAACUCAAGGUUCUCGAUUCGUAUAGAAACGACAUCGAUUGUCGUGGAAAUCAACGAGCUACCGCGAGGAAGUACGGGAUUCACCGACGUCAAAUACAAAAGUGGUUACAGUGCGAGGAUAAUUUGAGAAAUAGUUGUGCCGAGACUGGUAAUACCGGAGUUGUCUCGACAACGGUGAUCUCUCCCGUGGGUGUUUCCAAGCCGGACGGUACCGUGACGGAAGCCACGGGGCCUGCCGUGACUCCAGCAGCGCCGGCCUUGAACCUCAGCCUCGCCAGACUGCACGGCGACGAGCUGGCUACACAGCAAGGGCCCCCACCUCUUCUUUCUCAUCCUCCUCAUGGUGGUUCAUCCUCUUCGUCCCAAUAUGUUUCUCAAUCUGGAACGGCACAGGUUUUAUCCGUUCGUCUUGGUUAUCAAGAAUAUUCCGUCAAUUCGGAGCAUCAACAACAUCCUCGUCGGGAAACGGACGAUCGAAUACAGGUAACGGUGGACGUUCAGGGUUAUUCGGAGACGCGCGCGGAUCAAGAAUCGAAUUAUUACGUUCUAAAUUCGGACGGUCAACGGGGGGAACUGGAUAAUUUCGAUGGUCGGAACGAGGCGAAGGUGUACCAGACCCUGACAUCGUAUCGAGUACCUCUUCAACAAGAUCGAUUCGGUAACGAAAAUGAAAUCAUCACGUCCUCUUUACAUCGGCAUCGUUCUUCGCCUGUACACCAUCGAUCCCAGCAAAAUUACGGGGACGUGGAUUCGUCAAUGGACGGGAAAUCGUACGGUUUGUUGCUAGCGCCGUCGAUGAUAAAGACGGAACGAGCGAGCCCAGACUCGGCGGCGACGCCAGGGCCGUGCGAAUCCACCAGUUCCCCCGGUGCCCCGAGAGUCUCGCUCUCGCCCGUUUCGCAUUCAGCCAACGGCACCGGAUUCAGCUCCAGCUCCAGCUCCAGCUCCAGCUCCAGCUCGGCUGUGUCCGUUCACUUCGAUUCUCCACGGCCCUCCGCGAGCCCGUGUUUGCACGUGCACGAGCAUGAGCACGCACACGAAUCCGUACACGCGUCACCAACACCGGAUUCCGAGAAUCCGAUCUCGUCCCUGCACCGCUCGCACCGGAGAGAGUCGAAAGAAACGAUUCAUAUCGAGGAGAAGGGAACCGAGGACGUAGCAGAGGAGCAGACGGAAAACGGUAAGGCGGUAGUGAAGAAAGAAAUCCAGCUCGAGGAAGAGGUGGUGAUGGUCGGCGGCGAGGAGGGAAGAGAUGCAGCUAUCGUUGCAGCAUCCUCGUACGUCGAUUAUCAACGACCACCUGCUGCUUUCCCGCAGCACACAGAUUCGUGCCCUGUGAGCCCUGCGAACGAUCGGGAAGGAUACUCGUUGCCCCCGAGCCCUCGAGGACCGACCAGCUCCGGCAGAUCCAGCACCAGUUGCUCCGACAGCGAGAUGGAUCCGCUCGACUGUUCUUCCGCCAAUCAAAAUUCGUCGAACGAUCUCGCUCGUCGACGAUCAUUCUCGCUGAGGUUCAAGCUGGACGUUCUCGACGCUUUCCACAGGGACGUCGGUGUGGCGGGCAAUCAACGGGCCACGGCGAGAAAAUUCGGCAUCAAUCGGCGUCAAGUGCAAAAAUGGUUGGGCCAGGAGACAGAGUUGCGGGGCGAGAUCGCUCUUCGCGGAAACUCGAGGCAGAGGCUCGGCCCCAUCCAGGAUGCCGCUUCCGGUGACUCACCGGUAGAUCUGAGGACGUCGAACUACGUUUCCAGCUUAUCGCACGAUCGAAUCGAAGUCGAGUACGAGCAAUCGCCUCCUUAUUGCUGCGACGUUGGUUCUUCGCAGCAUCUCCCGUAUUACCAACACUCUACCAUGGUCGAUGCAUCUUGCGAGAACGAGCCUGUCGUUUCUUGCAAUCUUUCAUGCUGCAUGGACGGCCACGCCGUGACACCGGUUGUCUCGUGCUAUCAGGAAGCCUCCUUAAGGGGAUCUUGCUACUCCGACUCGCAGACCAGAUUGUACUGUUAUUCCCCCCGAGAAUAUUCGUCGGAGAUCACCUCGGUUUCCGAACACUCGGAACAAGAGCUGUCCUCGCCGUUAAAGAGGCAAUAUUGCACCCUUUCAUGCUGUUACGAGACUAUGUCGUCGCCGAAGAGACUCUGCCUAGAGAUCGAAGAUCAGAUCAGGACGAAUUCCUGCCAAGAAGUGCCUCCUCAGGAAACGCCGCUCUGUCUGGUGAAGCCAAAGAGGUUUUCCGUCGACGCAGCCGCGUCGAGAACGGAGCCUGUGACGAGUACUGUGCCAACGCCACCGGCGUCCGUCGCGCCUCCGCCCUCAGGAUCGACUAUCAAGAAGGAUGCCAUCCUGUUCAAGCCUUAUUUGGACAAUCCCGUGAGCAAACCGGCCAAAGAGCAGACAGUCCAAAGGGGCUUGUCUCCCAUCAGUAGCCAGAAUAUCAUUAACAACAACAACAACAACAACAACAACAACAACAAUAAUAAUAACAACUGCCAAAAUAUUUGCAAUUUGAACGAAGGCAGGGGCCAUGACUAUGCUCUAGAAUUAAGCCUGAGAUUGCCGGUAUCCUGGAGAGCUCAUCCAAGUCCGUACGAGUUCCCACAGGUUAGAAGUGCGUUCGUUAGGUAUCCAGCAAGUCCUCAUUAUACUUAAUUGGAAAAUUCGUUUGAUCCUCGAUUUCGCGAAACGGAAGUUUCGAAUUUUUUUUUAUUGCAAAAAUUAACAAGUGCCAAGAAAUCGAUAUUUAAACUCGAAAGAAAAUUUUUUUUCCAAUCGAUCGUUGUUGAUUUUGAAAUUCGAGAAAAAUGAGAAACGAAAAACGUAAUCCGGAUCAAGGAUGUGAAAUCGAUCGUUAGAUAUUCGAUGGUCAUCGAAGAAGAGAAAAAAUCCUUCUAGAAAGGAUUUUCUCGUGCAGGAUCGAUUAGUACGUGAUCUACGACACGUCGUACGCCACGUAAGCGUUUAUCGUUUCCUCAAUCGUCGGCGUCGCGUAAAACAUGAUAAAAUUUUAAUCGGCCAUUAGAUGGUAUGCGGAGAGAGAUUAUACACACGUCUUUGCUUGACAUCCUUUAACUUUUUUUGAUCUGACUUUUUUUUUCUCUCUCUCUUUUGCCACUCUCCAAAGUUUCUUCAAUCCCUCCCUUUCCCUUCUACCUCUUUCUCCUUCCCCCCUUCCCCAUCAUGAAAAUUUAUCACGAUGUAAAAUAUUUUUCUUGGAGAAAUUUUUCUCAUACCAUCUUAUCAUCGAGAUUAGCUUCGACGGCUAUCGGCUAGGCCGUUUAGAGGUCGAGUGUAUUGGCUAUAAUUAUAGAAUUAUGUCAGUCUCUGAAUGAUAACGAUCACGAUGAAAACUCGGUAAUAUGGCUCAUCAUCGUGAUUCGUUGCGUAAUCGCCUCUAUAAAUUUCGAGGAAAAUGCAUUCGUAACUAUAGUUUUUCCUUUACAAUAAUUUUUCAAUCUUCGUCGGAUAGAUAGAUUAAACCUGAUCACAUUUGAAAUUAUAUUUCAAAUAAUUUAUCAUACAUUAUUCGUACGAUGCAAUAUAAUAAUUUAAUAUUAUUUCAACGAUUAUUUUAAACGUUUAUCCCUUAUUUCGAUGUCAAAUAAAAUUUUAUUCUUUUGGCAUUGGAAUUUUCCACUGGAAUUCAUUUAUUGAUUCUUCCAAUUUCGCGUUCAAUCGAGGAUCAAAUCUGUUAGAUAUCGUUUAAUUGCUCAAAGAAUUUCUUCCAUACGCGGAUCCGUGUCCCGUGCACACGGUGUACACAGCAAGUAUUACGACAGGGUUUCGUCUCCGUUUUUUUCCUCUCUUUUGUUUUCCAGAACCUCUCUCGCCUCUCGGCCAGCACGCGAUUUUCCCUCGAGUCUCUCACGUUUUCCUUCCUCCUCGGAGUCGAUCAUCUGUAAAUAUGUAAAUAGAACAACGAGCAGGAGGAUCAAACCGAUCGAACUCGAAUCGUAAUCGAUUAAUCUGAUAAAUUGUUUUGCGUGGCUCGGUUCGAUCCUCUCGCUCGAACGGCCAUUCAUGGAUAUUUUUAUAUCGAGUUUUCGGUCACGGGGAAGAAGGGAAGGAACGAAAGGUCGGAGAAGGGGAAGCGCGAGAAAAUUCGUAUGACCGCUUCCUUCCGUUCGAGGCCUUUUCGCCAUUCGUGCCUUUUUUCUCGCUCGGUCUUUUUUAUUACCAGAUCAAACGCGUAAUCUAAUAAAUGAACAAAUUUACAAAAUAGAUUUGUAAUCGCAUAGUUUGUAGACACAGAGAUAUAUUUUCUAUAAAUUUGCGUUCUCCGGAGAGAAGAGCAGUUAAAGCGACGAAUCAAUUAGAUGAUUUUUUAAAUAUCGAUGUAACGCAACAAUGUAAUUUUAGAAAUUUUUAUGAUAUUGAUCGAUAGAUUUUUGACAACCUCUGUCGAAUCAUAUACGAUAUUCUCUACAUACAUUGUCGAUCAGAGAUUUGGAAUCAAACAAUACAUCUUGCAAGAUACGAUUAUUUAUAAAAUGUUUAAAUUAGAGUUCAGUCACCUUUAAUUUUGUGCAAACAAAAAUGAACACAUUUAUCUUAUUAGUAAUGCAAAUUUACCUUCGUCUUAAUAAAUGAUAUAAAUAAGGUUGGAAUUAAAUUUUUUUUUGAUUCAUUAUCAGUUAAUGUUUUAUUUAAAUAUUUUAUAUGUAUAUAUAUAUGAUAUAAGAAAGAAAAGAAAAUUUGAUUUCAAAUUUUUGAUCAAUAAUAAGUACAUAUAUCGAUGAGAUUUAAUGCGAGAUUGAUCGUGAAGGGAGAUUUUUAUAAUAAAGACACGAAAUCGAUUUGCAAAAACCAGCGUGCCUUAAACGAUAUAUAUAUAUAUAAAAGACAUUAGAAUUUCAUACAGGGACGCAAUGUUGUUUAAUAUCGAGUGUUAAUACAAUUUAGAAUAAUAAACUUAUUCACAGAAAAAAUUACGAGAGAGAGAGAGAAAGAGAGAAAGAGAGAGAGAUGUUCUUAAUUAUUCUUAUAAAUUAUUCACGCGUUCAUAUCAUUUCCAGCAUUUGUUCUCUGAUUGAUAGAAUCCCGGCCAAUGUAUUUCGAUUCUUGAGUCGAUAACGCGUUCAGCAAAGAAUGUAUCUGAUUCAUUGGUCAAAAAAAAAGAAAAAAAAAAUUCGAAAAUUCCUUGUUAUGUUUUCUACCUCUGAUAAUCUAUACGUAGUUAUCUUGUAGAAUCGAUCGGAACGAGAUAGUUGAUGCAACGUGUGCCACGAUCUUUUUUUCGAGAUGCGUAACACCUCGCCGUGAAAGUUUCCCUCUGGAUGGAAAACUGAAAAUAACCGUUCCACGAGCGUUCUACGAUCCGACAAUUGAGCACGUCGCGGCAAAGAAGGGCAAUUUUGUAAAUUACCAUCGCAGACAGAGUAGUUACGUCAAUGUUUCAAUAUUCAGGCUCAAUCGAGCUCGUUCCAAGUGCGACUAAUCUCACGCGUUGCGACAGCAUUAUCGGCCAUCGAGGAUGCGCUCGCAAUGAAUCGUGGCACGCGCUAAUCCAACAAUAUUUACCUGGACGUUCGUCUCUUAUAUAUAUAUAUAUAUAUGUGUGUGUACGAGUGGAAUAAUAAAUAAUAAAUUCCGAGCAAAUUUUAUCAAAUUUAUACCUGGAUUUUUGUGCUUCUGAAUUUUUGAAAAGCAACGAAUUUUUAUCUAAGGAACGAUUAAUCGACUUAUUAGAAUCGGAAAUACCGGGAGAAGAAACCAUAUUAACCUUGUCCGCGUUCGCCGAUAGGGUCAAGGUGGCAAUGUACAAUAAAAUAUAGCGUAAUCUUAAGCCAUAAUGAAUUACAUAAUGCCAUAACAAACGUUUUACAUAAUAAACGUAGCGUCGAACCGACUGAUGGGAGAGCGAGAGAGAGAGAGAGAGAGAGAGAGUGAGAGAGUGAAAGAGAUGAAGGAAGAUAAAUGCGAGAAAUAAAUGCGUGCAUGUUUUUUUUUUUUACGUGUGUAUCGGCGCGCACAGUUUUCGUACGUGCGUAUACGAAUGUGUUUCUCGUGUGCACAGCCCAUAAGAGUCUAUUAAACGAGGCAUAAAACAUUGUAUAAGCAAUAUUUUUUAAGUGCAUCAAACUGUGUGAACGGAAGGUGAGGAGGAAGGGCGGGGGUAUGAAGGGAACGAACGGUUGGUUCGAAGUGGUGGGGAGAAAAAACUUCGUGGGCGAGCCCCCACGUUUUAAACCCACGUGUAGGCAGAGAACGUACAUACAUUAUACAUACACACAUUAUACAAAUAUACAAAUAAUUAUAUAUAAGCAUAAUGCUCGCGUAUGUACAAAAAAAAAUUUAUAUAUAUAGCGUUGAUAGAUAGAUAGAUAGAUAGAGAGAGAGAGUGAGUUUAUAUAUAUAUAUAUAUAUAUAUACAUAUAAAUAUGUAUACAUAAUUAUAUUUUAAUACGAUCAAGUUGUAGGAACGAAGCGUCUAAAAAACUCGCCCGGUGCCUUUAGAGAUCCGCUCGUGCCUUAUAUCUUUAUUAAUGCGAGGAAGAAUCAAGGACCAAAUGUCUCGCGUCCUUAGAACGAGCCACGUAUAUUUUUACGUCCUCUCCGCGGCGAGAAAAAAAAGCGCUGCUCUUGGCAAGGAUACGUUCUGCAUAAGAAAACACCGGUGACUCGUCCAACCGUGUAAUAAUAUCAGUAUUGAGACUUAUUCGUUUAUUUAUUGAUCGCAAUUUCAGUAAUUUUCUUUCCCUUUCUCGUUUUUCUAUCGAAUAAAUCAGAUCGGAUCGAGAACGAACUAUAUUUCUUUUUUUUUUCUUCUUCUUCUUUUUUCCCGCGUAUUUUCAAUCAUUCUAAUUUGAUUUUAACAUUUUAAUUCGAAUGAGAAAUUGUGUUAGUCGAACGUAAACUCGUUCUGAGGGUUGAUUGAGACCAAGAACAAACAAAUUCGAGUUUCCUCGCCGAGAGAGAGAGAGAGAGAGAGAGGCAAUUCAAAGUGUGAUAAUCGAAGAAUCGCUGAUACCUCGCCUCUAAGGCUUAUCUAUGUCUUUUUUUUUUUUUUUCCUCUCUUUGUGCGGUCGAGAUUCUCCGGCGAGCGGUGAACGGUAGCAAGAACAACGAUAUUCGAUAUAUCACGAAAUCCAUGUGUUUCGUCGACAAAAUUCGCCCAAUUACAAAGCAUAUCCGUCAUAUUGUGAUUCAUCGAGUACCAAGAGAUUGAGAGGGAGAGAGACUGAAUUAUUCAGAGAGAAAGGGAUAGAAUGAUCGAGGAACAAUCUUAAUGUACGGAGAAAAUAGGUAUCAUCAACGUUUUUUUUUUUUGUACGUU